AUGAGGAAUGAGCAGAUUUCAGGCGAUCAGCGAAGUUUUCAUAUGGCUAAUUCAUACACGACAUCAAAUUUCAGGGUAAACCGUGUUCUGCUGCUGAGAGUUAUAUUAGUUGUCGUUGGCUUAUUGUUGAUUUGUUGUGUUGAGAGGCAAUCCAAAAAAUAUUCAAUCACAUCGUGCCCUACUUGUUCUUGUGAUUGUGAUCCAGAGCCAACAGUAUCUCUGCCUUUAGAUGUCAUCAACAACUCAUUUGCAGAUUGCGGCAAAGAUGAUCCUGAAACAUACAAUGAGUUGAAGAAAGAUCUCAUAGCCGUUCUAUCCGAAGAGAUCAGCUUACACGAGAAUGUAACCACUGAUACCUUGCAACGUACAAAGGCAUUAAUUAUGGGCACCAAUAGAACAUCUUCACAUUACCAGAAAGAAGCAGCAAAGUGCAACAUAGAAAUGGAAACUUGUGAGGAAGCUAGGGAAAGGGCUGAAGUUGCACUCAUAGAAGAACGCAAGCUUACAACUUCAUGGAUGAGCCGAGCUCACGAAUUUGGUUGGGAAGAUGACUCAAAUGAUUUCUGAUGAAACUGCUUUUUAGUUUCAUUAUCCUUUAGGGAUAAUUACGAGAAGUAACUUUGGUCAGCCUUACUAUGAAGAAACUCUGAUUGACUUCUCAGAAUUACAAAUAUCCUUUCAAGUGUAGCACAAGGGAAAAAGUGAGUGGGAUUUGUAAUUUUAGAAGAAAGAUUGGGGUUUCUCAUGAUUAGAGUAAACGUCAUGGAUAGUUUUUGUAAUUAACCCUUUCUUUUUUAGUUUUAGUAGUGCAAUGGUUCUUUUUUACUUCUUAAGCUUUUUGUAUAUAGUUCUUUUAAGAGAGCUUCCAUUCAUUUAACAAGUUUUGGAGCUCGUUGAAAGCAAAACUGUGCAGACAGUUCAUAUUGGAGUAUUUAGUUGAUGCCAUUUUUUGUUUUUUAUAUUUAUCUGAUGCUUGUUCAAGUUUAAUGAAUCUUUGUGAUUAUGUUAGCUCAGCUAUGAUUUUGUAGACCUCCUUGUUUUUAUAUAAAUAAAUGCCUAUCUGACGUUGUAAGCUAAUCCAUUUUUUAAUAAUUUUC